UUGCAUGCCGAUGAAGCGUAACAGCUUACUUGGAAAGUAUAUGACGAUGCCUGCCUGUUACACUGGUGGACUGAGUCAACUUACACAAUAUCACAACAAAUUCACAAUUGAAUCAUAUAUAUAUCCAGUAGAUUGGGCUGGUAGACAUGGCCACACCGGGUCAGCUUCGUCACAUGUCACAUGGAUAUCGAAAAAGACAUAAGUUUAAUAUGCAAGUAUGUGUAUGCGUAUAUAUAUGUGUAUAUAUGCUUGCAUGCGUAGUUAUAAACUUUCAAGCAUUUAUUUAAGUUGGCAUAGAUUAUAGAACUAACUUUUUGACCUUGAGCAACAAGUCUAGGUUCAACAGGAUCAUCAAGUUCUUAUUAAGAAUGGCUGAAAACGUUGGAGAUAGUGCUUCAAAUGAUGAUGGCGGCAUCAAAGAGCAAGACCGCUUACUUCCAAUAGCCAACGUUGGUCGCAUAAUGAAGCUAAUUCUACCUCUAAAUGCAAAAGUCUCAAAGGAAGCUAAGGAAACUAUGCAAGAAUGUGUUUCUGAGUUCAUUUGCUUUGUGACUGGUGAAGCAUCUCAGAAGUGCAGAAAGGAAAGGCGCAAGACUGUGAAUGGAGAUGAUAUUUGCUGGGCUUUGGCUACUCUUGGUUUUGAUGACUACGCAGUGCUGCUAAGAAGAUACUUGCAAAAGUAUAGAGAGCUAGAAGGAGAUAAAGCAGCAAAUCAAGACAAGGAGGAACCAUCUAAUUCAUAUGGAAAAAUCCAAACAGAAAACCAGGCUGUAGCUUCAACUCCAUUAAAGUUCAGCAUGACUGGAAGCUGCAGUAACAACUCCAAUCCGGGGGCAUUUAAUUGA